AUGUUCUGCUUUAUGGACUGGGAGCUGAUACGGUCCGUGUCCGAGUGCGGUCCAGUGGACUAUAUUGUGUGCGCGCACAAAGCGCUCGAUCAGGCCGAGGUGGCAGUGAACUUGCGACCAGCCGUCGGCAAGGAGACUACUAUUGUCGUGAUCCAGAAUGGUGUUGGAAACGAGGAACCUUUUAGAAAUGAGUUCCCCGAUAACUCGAUCCUGACGUGUGUGACCUGGGUCGGGGCCGUACAGACCAGCCCUGGUGUCGUGAAGCACACCAAAUCCGAGGAUAUGCAGAUCGGCCUCUUUCCCAACCCCUCGCUGGAUGGGUCCCUCGAACAGGAACGACUUGAUAUAUUCGCCGAUCUACUCCGCAAUGGCAAGACACGAUUCCAGAUCUUGGAGAAUAUGCAAAUCCAGCGGUGGGAAAAGGUGGUCUGGAAUGUCGCGUGGAACUCCCUGACUGCAAUUACCAUGGUGGACACGCAGACGUGGCUCCAUUCUUCCGAAGAUGCAACCCCAUUUACCCGCCAGCUGAUGCAAGAGGUUAUCAAAAUCGCUCGUGGUUGCGGUGUGCCGCUCCAGGAUGAGCUGAUUGAUCAACUGAUGGACAAAAUUAAUGCCAUGCCCGGUAUUGGGAGCAGCAUGCAGACCGAUUGCAAGAAUGGACGACCCAUGGAGAUCGAUGUCAUCUUGGGUUAUCCAGCACGCAAGGCUCGUGAUCUCGGGAUCCCAGCACCGUUCUUACAGACUCUCUACGUUAUCCUGCGAGCGGUAGAUGGUCGGUUGAGGGCUGCGCUGUAA